CCCGAAUUUUGUCGCUUAUUAUAGCGUGGGAAGGUCACGGAGAAGUGCCAUGCAUUCAAUGCAUUGACAGAUCUGCGCUUUCGUGACUCAUCUCAUGAGGCGGCUGCGGCCCUCGUGCGCCUCCUCCCUGGUGGCGAUGCAUCACCGGUGCAGUCACGACAAGGCCUCCUGGCGGGCAUACAUGAGCGUCCCAUCACCUGUGUCUGAUGCCGGUAGGUAACAGAUUGAUCAGCAUUGACUGGCCAAAUGCACUCACUGAACUCAAUCAACAUCGGUGCUUGUUGUUUGCCCGCGUGUGGUUAUCGAUGCGCUUUGCAGGGCCGGCAUCACGCGUUGCCCCGGUGCAUGCGCCUCAUCAGUGCAGGUGGUCUGAUGGCGGCCGGCGGUCCUUCGCGCGUGUGCGGUACAAAGGCCCGAAGAGCGUCACUCUCAAGGAGCCUGACCCAAACGUACUUAUCUACUGUACACAAGACGACCGACACUGAAGAUCGGGCUCUUAUGCACUCACUCGUCUGUGUGUGUGCCCCCGGCGCAUCGUUGACAUCAAACGCUUGUGGGUGGGUAUGUGUGUGCGGCAGAUCGAUCCACUGCCUGUGGCGAUAGUUGGGCGGGCCAACGUGGGCAAGAGCACGCUGUUCAACCGAAUGCUGUCGGGCACUGAGCGCAAGAGCAACCGGGACAAACAGGCACUCGUCACGCCCAGGGCAGGUGGGUGGGCACGAUGCGGUGGGUGGAUGGAUGCAUUGGCAUUGGCAUUGGUAUGUUUGGUGUAGGCACCACUCGCGACAGGCGCGAAGAGGUGGCUGUGUUCGGUAGGCACAUCCGCAUGAUGUAUACACGCACUCGCACGUGCCCAUGGAUAGAUAGGUUCGAGAAUGUGUAUGAAUGCCUGCCUACAUUCAUAUAUAUGUAGGUGGUCUGCAGCUGAAGCUGAUUGACACAGGCGGUUUGGAGGACGAGAGAGUCACCAACGCCAGCACCCUGCUGCAGAGAAUGAGGGAACAGGUAGGUGCACACACACACACAUCCAUUCAUCCAUCCAUCCAUCCAGUGGAGCACACUAUCUGUCUGUCUGCCUGGUCCGCGUGUGUGCGCAUCAAUCGACCAGGUGCAGCGUUCCUUUGACGAGGUGGCGUGUGUGCUGUUCGUGAUUGACGCCCAGAAGGGCAUCACACCGCUAGACCAGAUACUCGCCAAACUCGUCAACCAGUGGAUCGAGGCCAUAUACGAGGAGAAGAGGCGGAUAUUCCUCGAACAACAACAAGAACAGGAGAACACCGAUACCGGACUGGCAGACGGUAAGGUCCACCCACCCACCAACACACGCAAACACACGGAUGUGUGUAUGUACGUGUGCAGGGUCGAGUAUAUAUGAGGAGACUGACAUCCACAAGCCGCCCGUCGUCCUGCUGGCCAACAAGGCCGACGGCUCUUACCUCGGCGACUACCUUUCCGACUGCUAUCUGCUCGACCUGGGCGAGCCCAUCGUCAUAUCCGCUGAGAGAAACGAAGUACGUCUGUCUGUCUGUCUGACUGUCUGUCUGUGCGUAAGCAAUGAGUACCUGUAUGCUGUUUGUGUAUGUCUGUGUGCUGUGCUGUGCUGUGCUGUGUGCAGGGCCUUGACGAUUUGUACAACCGUCUUGUGCUGGAGAUCGGGCACCUGCAGGUGCCUCAAGUGGAAAACAUGAAUGCAUCCCCAACAACCUAAGCUGUCUGGAGAGUGUGUUGACGCGUGUUGUGUGGGUCCGUUAGGAGUUUGGUGACGAGAGUGAGGAGGAGGAGGUGAACGAACUCAUGGACGAAGACCAGGUGCACACCACACACACACGCGACAGACACACACAGAGUGAUCUGCGCAUACAGACAUAUGUAUGUCUCUCUCUCUUUCUGUGUGUGUGUGUGUGUGUGCUGUGUGUGUGUGUAGGGUGAAGCAGAGGACAGUGAGGAUGACCAUCGGCCCCUCCCAACACCACCCAGAGGCAACAACACAAGACACCCACCCACCCAUUCGGCCCAUACAUCCCAUCCACACACAGACACACCCUCCGCCUGUGCGUCUGUCUGUCUGUCUGUGUUUAGGUGUCGAGUACCAUUACGUGCACAAGGGCAAGCACACCGAGAUGGUCCCCAGCGGCAACAAAAUCAAAGCUAACCCAAUCACACGUACCUGAACACACACACACACACCACACAGCACAGACGCACAUACACAGACAGACCUGUGUAUGUAUCCAUGCGUGUCCGCAGGCCCUGCUGUUACGGUGACCGAGACGGAUUUCUCCGACAAUUCCGACGACGAGGGGGCCAUGGCAGCCGACGAGGAUGCCACUGUGGUCAGUGAGGCACCACACAACACAACACACACACACGCGGGCGCCCAAAUUCUCAUCUCUGUUUCUCUCUCUCUCUCUCUCUCUGUCUCUCUCUCUCCCUCCCUCUCUCCGUUCAUCCAUCAGGCAGCAGACGCAACCCUCCGCGUGAAGCCACCCAAAGCGUCCCGGGCCACAGUGUGGUGGCUCGAGGUACGUGAAGGCACACACUACAUCCACCCAUCCGCCGAUUUAUCUGUCCAUCCAUCCAUCCAUCCAUGUAUGUGUGUGUCAGGCGAUGAGUCGCUACCACCAGCUGCCGAGCCCCCGCUCGCCGCACCAGUUCGUCAAAUACAUACAGGCCCAGACAAACAAGGCAAGUCGUUCUUGUACACACACACACGCACACACAGACCCAUACACACGUCGCGUCACGCAGCCAUUUUGUAUCUAUGUGGCCUGUGUGUGUGUGGCAGGUUGCUGGGGACCCCUCCUUCCUCCCAACACCCCAGGAGAGGCAACUGCAGUGGAUGGGGUAAGGUCUGCACACACACAUAUAUAUACACACACACACACGAGUGCAUGAUCCGCCGGUUCAUGUCACGCAGCGAGGCGACCAGACCCACCGGCCGCGAACUAGCAGAGCUCAUUGCAGCAGGUACACACAUACAUACGCACCCCAGAGCCAUCCGUCCAUCCCCUCCCUCCCAGGCCGUGGCUAUGACGCCCACCCCAACAUCAACGCGACGCUGCAGCUGCAGAACAUCCAGGGCAUCGGCGGCAGCAGGGGGGUGGAGGAGCUCCUCGCAACCGACAGACACGCACCGGGCGCCGUCCACGCCAACCUCAUGCUGGCGGACGACCAGCAAGACCAACAGAGUGAUGAAGGACAGGUAAGCCUGCCUGCCUGUGUGCAGCCAUCCAUCCAUUCAUUGUGUGUCGGGCUCAUGCAUGCAGUACUUUGUGGAUGGCGAGGAGGGAGAGGGUGAGGGUGAGAGUGAGGACGACCUGUCGCCGGCCAACUCGCGUAUCAUGCAGGGGGUCGACUGGAUGAAGCAAGGUCGGCCGGUCGGUGUUGGGGCAGAUAGACAAGACACACACGUGCGCUGCGCGUACCGCACAUGGAUGGAGGUGUGUCCGUGUCCGUCAGAUCCGUCACUGAUGGACGCGACUCAGCGUGCGGCCUACGAUGCGCUCUACCAGCCACCGCCGGCAAAGGUGGGUGCAUUGUGUGCGCUGCGCUGCAGACAUACGCCCACACGAAAUGAUUGGCUACAGACUGACAUGCCCUUCUGCCGUGUGUUCAGGUGUUCCCAGGUUGGCUGAACAUCCGCCAGCGGAAGAUCCCCAGAGCGGAGAUCAGAAACUACGUGCUGGAGGUGUGGAAGAAAUUGCCAUGUGUGGAUGGAUGGAUGAAUGGAUGGCUUGGUUGCUGGAUGGCGCGUGCAGGUGCGUCGUCGGCAGCUGUUCAACACUCGUGUGCACAUAUCGGUCAUCGGCCCAACCAACACCGGCAAGAGCACUCUCGUCAACGCCAUUCUCAAACAAGAACGGUCCGCACACAGACACACACACAGGCAUCCACAUGGGUCUCCCUCUCUCUCUCUCUCUGUGCGUGUGUGUCUGUGUGUGUGUGUGUGUGCAGGGUGAUCGUCGACGACGCCCCGCACACGACAAUGGACUCGAUCGGCAUUAACACCGAGUGGAGCGGGCACCCCAUCUGUAUCACCGACACACACGGACUCACCAGAGGCCUCAAGUGACCACACACAUCACAAUCACACCCUUGCAUGAAGCUCUUGCUGUGUGUGUGUGUGUGUGUGUCAGGGCGCGUCACACGGACUACAUGCGUGACGCCGGGCUGCAGACGUAUCGCAACGUGCGGCGGUCCCAGGUGUGCAUACUAUGCGUCGACGCGUCCAAAGACAGGUACACACAUACACACACACACACACGCACACAUGCACAUGUGUGGAUGUGUGGAUGGACGUACACAUGAUGAUCAGGCACAAUGUGGGGUCAUGGGAUGUGUUCAUCGGCCACCGGAUCAGCGAGGCGGAGGGGCGGGCAAUGGUCAUCGCCAUCAACAAAUGGGACCUGGUGCAAGAGGACCAACGCCCGAGGUCAGCCAGCACGGACACAUAAUAAAUGCAUUCGUUCACGGAUGUACCUCACAGCCGUCGGUGUCUGUGUGGAUGUGAUGUGUGGAUGUGUGGAUGUGUGGAUGUGUGUGUGCAGGAUCCGUGCAGAGAUCCUGGACCGUGUUCGUCGGAAGUUCUCGAACGUCAAGUACUGCCCCGUGGUGUUCAUAUCGGCCAAACAGGGACACAACAUCGCCACACUUAUGAACAACGUCAUGGUACAUAAAUAAGGAAACCACCCGCCCCCCCACGGCCAUGGCCAUGGCCAUGACCACCCACACCCAUGUGUGAGAGUGUCCAUGCAGGUGCUGUACAAGCGUUGGAAUGCGAGAGUGCCCACUUCUCGGCUCAACACCUUCCUGCGCGAAUUCAUGCUGCGCUGGCCGCCGCCAUGGCGAUUCGGCAGCAAGUGUAAUGUCAAGUAUAUUACGCAGGUCAGGUCUGUGUGUCACCUUGUGCGGGUCUGCGGGGACACAGACAGCCAUGGAUGUCUGUGUGCGGAUGUAUGUGCGUGUGUGGAUAGAUGGAUGGAUGGAUGUUGUGUGUGUGCAGGUGAAGCCCCGCCCGCCGACCUUCGUGAUGUGGUCCAACGUAUACGGCAAGUUCCCCUGGAACUACCUCCAGCAGCUCAGGAACGCCAUCAGAGACGAAUUCAGACUCGAUGUGCGUACGUCUGUGACAGACAGACAGCAUCACACCACACCACACACACAGAGAAAGAGCCUGCAGAUGCGUGAGGGUGUGUGUGUGUAUGUGUGUGUGUGCCCUGCUGUGCUGCAGGGCACCCCUAUGCGCAUCGUGGUCCGCACGACGGCCAUGCCCAAGCCUCAUGUGAGGCUGUCCAAGAGUGACGUCCUCAAGUGGAAACGGAUGGGGCCCAGACAGGUGCGAACGAACGAGCGCAUGCAUGAGCCGACCACUGACGCACUCAUGGACCGAUGGAUGGAUGGAUCCAUCUCAUGGACCGAUGGAUGGAUGGAUCGAUGUGCGUGUGUUGUGGUGGUUGCUGUUGUGGUUUCUUUGAUAGGCCGAGGCGGUGAGAGAUCUGAACAGACGGGGGCUCGUCAAGGCCAAAUACCGAUAAUUAUAUGACAGAUAGCCGUGGGAUGAGAACGUGACCGUGUGUGUGUGUGUGUGCCGGGGCAAUUGAAAUGCGUCUUGUUGUGUCCAAGCAGAAGCGCAUCAGAAUCAGCUACAUGACUAAUGAUACCACAUUGAUAGAAUCAAUGGUGUGUGACGAGUGGACGAGGGGCACAAGGCAGACAGAUGUGGCUGCGGCUGUGGCUGUGGCUGAUGCAUGGCGUCGUGCAGUCGCCCAGGCACCAAUGAACGCAC